AUGACCAAGGAUCAACCAGAUUUUUCAGACUUGGAAUACUUCAACGACGCCCGAUUCCAACCUCCCGCAUGGGCUCAAGAACAUUUCCCCAUUGCUGGAAGGAACGGAUGGAAGAACGGCGAGAGCUCAAAAACCCCUCUUGCGUCAGGGUCAGGGGAGUUGAAAGAUCCUCCGGGAUUACCUCGGGACGAGGACAAGCGUCACCAGACGAAUGAUGACACUCUCAAGGAUGAAGAAGAUGAAGAGAAUGGGGUAGAAGAUGAUGAGGAGGUAUGGGAAGAUGCAAGGGAGGAGGUGGAUGUGGAUCCUGAUAAUGCAGAGUUCACUACUGAGCAACUAAGUGACCUCCUCAACAAAGCUAUAACCCAUAAAAAUAGGGGUAACACUCAUUUCACAUCCCAUCCUCCCGCCCAUCAAUCCGCUCUAGAAGCCUAUACGGCAGCUCUAGAUCUCUUACCUUCAGUCCCUCCACCUCCAUCAAGAAAAGGGAAAUCUCCCGAGGUUGACAUUGGACCGAUACAAGAUGGUGCUGAUUCCAUGGAUAACACUGGGGGAGCAAAGAUACAUGAAGUAGAUGAGGUGGAAGCGGAUAUGAUCGAACGUGAAGCUCACGAAGGGGUGGAAAUGAGGGAGAAGAGGGAAAAGGAGAGAAGAGAAAAGAAAGAUAGGGAAGAUGUGGAAAAGGAUAUCAGAGAAUGUACGAAGGCUUGUUGGGGUAAUAAAGCUGCUUGUUAUAUCGCUCUUAACGAUGACAAAGCCGCAGUGGAAGCAUGUACCAAAGCUCUUGAAAUCGAUCCCACUUAUUUGAAAGCAUUACAAAGACGAGCCGGGGCAAACGAAAGAAUAGGAAGUUGGUCUUCCCUUACAUCGGCUCAGGAAGAUUACACACAAUUAAUCUCCCUCCUCCCACUCAACUCACCACUCCUUCCGGCCAUUCGUAAAUCCCUCGCUCGUCUACCGGAAAGUAUCCGUCUUCAACAGGAAAAAGAGAAAGACGAAAUGCUUUCUAAAUUGAAAGAAUUGGGUAAUGGUAUUCUGGGUAAAUUCGGGAUGAGUACGGAUAUGUUCAAAUUUGAACAACAGCCUGGUGGAGGGUAUAAUUUAUCUUUUGGGAAAUGA